GUUUUCUCUCUUACAGUAAGCCCCUGACACUGACAAUGUGGACAUCAGCGAGGAAUAUAUAGUGUAGGCUAUCAUCUAAAUUCGCAUCGUGUUAUCAGCGCAUUCAACUUCAUUAUUACCAGAGUGGUGAGUGGAAGGAGAGAGUCCUGCCUUCCCCCCUCCCUGCCCAUUCCAUCAUCCGUAGAGCAUCUUUCAUGCGUCUCCCUGGGCCCCAAUCCCACGUCAGGAUGAAUUGUGAGCAGGAUUUUGGAGAUGGAGGCAUGAACGUCACUCUAACUCUCCGGCUGCUCAUGCACGGCAAGGAGGUCGGCAGCAUCAUAGGCAAGAAAGGAGAGACUGUGAAAAGGAUACGAGAGGAGAGCAGUGCACGUAUCAAUAUCUCAGAAGGCUCGUGCCCAGAGAGAAUCAUCACCAUCACGGGCGCCACAGAGUGUGUGCUUAGAGCCUUCACUAUGAUCACAAUCAAACUGGAGGAGGACUUGGCUGCUCUUGUGGCGAACGGCACAGUCACCAGUAAGCCUCCAGUCACGCUGCGGCUGGUCAUCCCGGCCAGCCAGUGCGGUUCCCUCAUAGGCAAGGGCGGCUCCAAAAUCAAAGAGAUCAGAGAGAAAACAGGGGCUCAGGUACAGGUGGCAGGAGAUCUGCUCCCUAACUCCACAGAGAGAGGUGUGACGAUAUCUGGCAGCCAGGACGCUAUCAUCCAGUGUGUCAAGCUCAUCUGCACUGUAAUACUAGAGUCUCCUCCAAAGGGUGCUACAAUUCCAUACCGCCCCACUCCAGCUCCAGGCGCAGUGCUUCUUGCUGGAAAUCAGGUUUUCGAAACAUCAGAGUUUGCGUCUCACCCGCUUUUCUCAGUGACUCAGGGAGGGCUGGAUCUGCAGCAAGCUUAUACUGUACAAAACCAAUACGGCAUUCCACACUCAGAGUUGGCCAAGUUGCACCAGUUGUCCAUGCAGCAGGGUCUUGCCCCCAUAGCUCAACCCACAGCCACCCAAGUUCUGUCUGGCAUCGAGUCCAGUUCCCAGACAGCAUCACAAGAACUUCUCAUUCCAAAUGACCUGAUUGGUUCAAUAAUCGGCAGACAGGGUACAAAAAUCAACGAGAUUCGCCAGGUGUCAGGAGCUCAGAUCAAGAUCGGCAGUCAAAUGGACAGCACUAGUGACCGACAUGUCACCAUCACAGGCUCUCCAAUCAGCAUCAACUUGGCCCAGUAUCUAAUCACAUCCUGUUUAGAGACCGCCAAAUCCACUGCCCAGUCCUCCUCCAUGUCGACCCCUGUAGACCUCAACAUGAGCUUCACCCAGACUGCUCCCCCUGCAUCGUCCUCUGCCGCAGCCCUGGCAGCGAUGGGCGGCCUGCCCCACGCUCCAAUCUUGGGCGCCCCCUAUACCCUUCCCCUCUCCAGCCUCCUGGGUAUCAAAUCCAUCCCCUUCCUGGCACUCUCGGCCCCUGCUGCCCCUGCCCACAGCACCUUGGCCUCCUACACCGCCAAGAUCUCCUCCGCCAAUGGCAUCAAGAAACCAGAGAGACAGAAGUUUGCGCCCUACUGAAGAGGAACUACCGAGUACCUCCUUUGUUUCCGAGAAAACGACCGGAGAGGAAUACUUUAAGGUUCUUCUCUUCUAGCCUGAUGUAGCGGUGUAUAUUUUGGUUUAAUAGCUUGUCCUGAAAAACUGUAGGAAAAUAAUCGCAUAAUUUUUUUUUUUUUCCGAGGUAGCCGCUAAAGCCAUAGACUAUUCCUAAUCUCCUAUUUUCCCGAAAUCUUUACACGUUUAUUGUCUGCUCUUAUUUAUUGAUAAUAACGAAAUAUUCCCGCAAAGAGUUUAUAACGUAGAACACUGUUGACUGAUGCUAAUCUCUUAUGUAUCAGUUUUUAUACAAUGAUGUCUGUGAAUGCUUCUGUAUACAACUUCCUGAUUUUUUAGAAAUCUUUAAAUGAUGUAUUAAAACAAAAUAUGAAAAAAAAGGAAAUGUUUUUAAAAUGACAACAGAUUCAAGCAUUGUUUUUGCGUUACAUUUUUACGUUUUGUUCACAUUCGUUUUGAAAUGUUAUUUAUUUUAUUUAUUGUGCGGAGUGUUUCUUUUACAGUUACUGUUGGUUUUCUGUAACGGCUGCAGGAAAAAAAUAUAUCUUUUCAAAUCUCUUCCAUUCAAUCAUGGUUACAUACAUCCUGAAAAAUACACAUGUCUAAGUAACCACAAACAAGAUAGCUGUUUAAGUAGUGAGUUGCUUUACUUUCUAUGGGAAGUGUAUAGUGCCACGGUGAAUUCUGGCGUGAUUAAAUAUCCAAAAUAUGAAACAGCUAGCAAAUUCAUUUCAAAACUUUGGCUAGCUAUGGCUGAGUAUGGACAAUAUUGUUUCAGGGGGUUUCUUUCACCAUUUCUAAUGGCAUAAAAUGACUACUAUGCAUGGUGACUGCCCUUGUCGGAAACUAAUGCUGUAUGUUGACUUGGCCCCUCACACGUACACACUAGCAAAGAUAGCUAAUGCGCAGGUCUCUUUGUUGAUGGUCAUAAAAACAGGCAGUGUUGCAGAAGAGCAAUAUUGGUUUGAAAAUGCUAAAGUACACAUAUAGCAAGACCUACACAUAAACAUGCUUCAAGUGUAGCUACAGUAACCAUUAUGCUCGAUCACAGAGUAUAUUACGUGGACUGACUUUUUUUUUUUUUUUUAAUAUAGAAAUAAUCACACUUAUUUUUCUAAACCUAGAGUCCUAAAAAUUGAAUGUGACCACUCACACGAUUCACUCACUUGGUAGAUGUAAUGUAACCUUGACUCGUGUUUGUCAUUUUUUUCUUUAUCGUAAUGUUUUUGUUUUGUUUUGUUUAGAUCUUCUCAAACGUCUUUCCCAUACUCAUUUGCAUGAAUUUAACUUGGCGUCUAUGCAAAACAUUUCGGGGGCGGUUCAGCAAGGUAUCUUAUGUCAUGCUUCAUAGAUGGCCCUAAAUAAACCACCGUUGGGAAAGGGCUAUCAGCAAAGGCGGAACCCAAGACAAGGGUAAUGAUGCUCUCGCAAUUUAUGAACCAUGCUAUGUAUAAUAUAUAUACAUAAAUAUAUAUAUGUUAUAUUAUAUCCAUAUAUCCCAUUCCAAAGCCUAACACAUAACCACCCUUUCACACACUAUAUGAAAUGACACAGUGUGGCUAUGACACGCACUGUCACACUUCACCGCGAUAAUUCCACGAUAGCCGGACAUGGUUUGAAAAUUGUUCAGAUGCUUGAAUUAUCCGAGGUCUGGUUUUUGGAUUCACAUGAGGUUUUGUUUGUCAGCCUUGGCAUAAAUGCAACUCUUGUUUUAGUUUUAUUCAUCAAUGCCAUACAAAGGAAUAAAAACAAUACUGUAUUAACGUAA